GCGUCAUCCUCAUCCGUCCGUUCUUCGGUCGGAAGCCUAUCGGGAAGUUUUCGAAGGCGAAUCCAAAGAGGUUCUUCGUGAAGUGUCGCACUGCUUCCUUUCUGCUCUGUCCUCCCCCCGCCCGCGGCCGCAUGUCACACCCGUCUCUCUUAAAGAAGACGCGUCAUUCUUCGGGCCGAGGCGGAGUUGGGGGAGGCGCUGAGCGGCUUCGCUUUCGGCCCCCUCCCUCGCUCUCCAGGCGCGGAGCGUUCCGAGCGGAGCUUCCGCGAGAAGUAUGUGCGUGAGAGGAGAGCGCGGAGGCUGUGGCGGCUGCGACUCCUCCGACCAUGCAAUGGCGGUCGUUGGUGCUGGCGCUGCUGGCCCUGAGGCUGGCUGGGCAGGCCCUGCUGUGGCUGGCGAGGCCCAGCUUAGGCUUCUACCAGCAGCGCCUCCGGGCCUUUUCCUGCAGCAGCCCGGCCGAGGAAGGCGCCGCCUCCAGCUCGCGGUGCCUCAAAGCCCCCCACUGGGCCUCUUUCUUGGGCCGAGCCUGGGGAGGCGAUAGCGGCGGCGGGGACGGCCCCGGCCCCACCGCUGCUUCUUCCGGGAGGGCCGGCCGCGGCGGCGACGAGUAUGAGCAGCGCUACAGCCGGGCUUUCCCCCCUCAGCUCCGGGCCCAGCUGCGCGAUGCCGCCCGCAGCAUGUUCUCUUUCGGCUACGACAACUACAUGGCGCACGCUUUCCCGCAGGACGAGCUGAACCCCAUCGACUGCCGCGGCCGUGGGCCGGACCGAGCUGACCCUUCAAAUCUGAAUAUCAAUGAUGUCCUGGGAAACUACUCGCUUACUCUGAUUGAUGCAUUGGAUACCCUAGCAGUAAUGGGAAAUUCCUCAGAAUUCCAGAAAGCAGUGAAGCUUGUGAUAGACACAGUAUCAUUUGACACAGAUUCAACUGUCCAAGUCUUUGAGGCAACAAUUAGGGUUUUGGGAAGUCUGCUUUCAGCCCACAUAAUAAUUACAGAUACCAGGCAGCCUUUUGGUGAUAUGACUAUUAAGGGAUAUGAUGAUGAACUCUUACAUAUGGCUCAUGACCUGGCAGUAAGGUUACUACCUGCUUUUGAGAACACCAAAACUGGAAUUCCUUAUCCACGGGUGAACUUAAGAACAGGAGUUCCUUCUGGCAGCAAUAAUGAGACUUGCACUGCAGGAGCUGGAUCAUUACUGGUGGAAUUUGGAAUUCUUAGCCGGCUUCUUGGGGAUUCAACUUUUGAGUGGGUUGCCCGCCGAGCUGUAAAAGCACUCUGGAGCUUAAGGAGCAAUGACACUGGGUUACUAGGUAAUGUUGUGAAUAUUCAAACUGGCCAUUGGGUAGGAAAACAAAGUGGCUUAGGAGCAGGCUUAGAUUCCUUCUAUGAGUAUCUUUUGAAGUCGUACAUCCUGUUUGGAGAAAAAGAAGAUUUAGAGAUGUUCAAUGAUGCUUAUCGGAGUAUUCAGAACUACAUAAGGCGAGGGAGGGAAGCCUGCAAUGAAGGUGAAGGAGACCCACCUCUCUACGUUAAUGUUAAUAUGUUUAGUGGCCAGCUGAUGAAUACCUGGAUUGAUUCUCUUCAAGCAUUUUUUCCUGGGCUUCAGGUUUUAAUUGGUGAUGUAGAAGAUGCCAUUUGCCUUCAUGCAUUUUAUUACGCAAUAUGGAAACGAUACGGUGCUCUUCCAGAGAGAUAUAAUUGGCAGUUACAAGCACCUGAUGUUCUCUUUUAUCCUCUAAGGCCUGAAUUAGUAGAAUCUACAUAUCUCCUGUAUCAGGCCACAAAGAACCCUUUUUAUCUACAUGUAGGAAUGGAUAUUCUUCAGAGUCUGGAGAAGUACACUAAAGCAAAAUGUGGUUAUGCUACUCUUCACCAUGUUAUAGAGAAAUCCAAAGAAGAUCGGAUGGAAAGUUUUUUUCUCAGUGAAACAUGUAAAUAUUUGUUUUUGCUGUUUGAUGAAGAGAACCCUGUGCACAAAUCGGGCAAUAAGUACAUGUUUACUACAGAAGGACACAUAGUAUCACUGGAUAAGCGCCUUCGUGUUUCAGUAUGGCAAAAUACCUUCCCUGAGGAGCAGAAGAAACCUAGAAAGAUAAAGCCAAAUGAACUAAAAGCAAACAACUCCACUUCUAAUUGUAACAGAGUACCAGAUGAGAGAAGAUACCUGCUGCCUUUGAAGAGCAUUUAUAUGAGACAGAUAGAUCAGAUGGUGGGCUUGAUCUGAAUAGCUGUUCAAUAGCUGUGAAUAAUCCUAAGAAGAUGCAAGACAACAACUUAUUCCGAAGAUUGUGACCCUCUUGAACUACAAAGCUCACAGCAGAUGCAGGUGCUUAAGUAGUCACUCACUGUAACGAAAGUUUGAUCUCAUGCUGAAAAGAGCAUCCCAUGUUAGAUUGCAGUUAUUGUAACUGAAGUGGAGUAAAACAUGGCGUCUUCAUAAUACAAACUAAGAUCUCCUGCAUCAAACUUUGGAGCUUAUACUGUGGAUGGUUAGAGUUGAGGUUGCUUUAGUGGCUUGCACCUGAAAUGCUGCCUUGCUAUCACUUACUUGUAUUCUGAAAGAGAACAUUUGGAAAGAACCUGCAAUUUAAAAUAUAUUUCUAAAAAACUGGGGUCAGAGAAAGAAAAGGGAAUGUGCAAUUACUCCCACAAGUUGAAAGGUUUCUCAAGCAAUAAACAGUACUAAUUAUUGCUCAGGUAGGAAAACGGCUAGAAGUUCUGGUUUACUUAAAAUAUCUUGCUGAAUAUAUCAUAAUAGAAAUGCAGCUUGCAGUACCAGCCAAGCUAUUGGAGGACUAUGUUCAGGACUAUUGGUUGAUGUUGCAAACAGUGUUCUUAAUUUUAAUUGCACAUCUAAGGGUGUAUGGAGUUUACUAGUUUCUGAGACUGGUAUUUUUCUUUUCUUUUUUAAAUGUGCCUUCUGGAAGAUAAUGCAAAAAAAGCCACCUGGUUUCGCUCACUGAGUGGCCUUGCAUUGCUGAUUUGAAGAAUCUUGCUACAUUCUUAUGUUUUGUAUUUAUCUAUUCUUUCAUGCCUUUCCUAGAAAUCAACCUGAAUUAAUACACAACUGAAGUAUUCACAUUCCGUGCAGUCCUAAUAUGCAAGUUAUUGGAACUAGUGCCUUGUUACUUUAUGACUCAGAACAGAACCAAGGAUUUUAGCUCAGUCUUUCCUAAAAGACUAGGAAAAUAACUUUAGGCUAACUGUGUUCUGAAACUCUAUUAGCUUCAGAAAGAAUAUUUGAGAAUUGCACUCUCUUCAGAUGCAUUUUGAACUGAGUAUUUUACAUACGACUGUAAACUUUACUCUGGACAAGUAUUUUUUUAUUUGGAGGACAUGGAGAGGAACCAAUUCAGAAAGAGGUCCUAACCUUUAAUUUCAACUUCAGUAAUUGUGGCAAGAAUUUUCAUUUGUCUGAAGGUGUGUCAUUUUUAAGAAGGUUGGGCUGAAAGAACCAAAAUGUCUGUAUCUGUAGGCUUAAUGUAUUUCUGAGGAAUAAAAUCUCUCAUGUUCUCUCACGUUCUCCUCCCCACCCCCAAAUUAUUCCCAGUAGCAAAGUAUCUGCCUUCGUACAAUUACAGAAUACAGUUUUAAUAUUCUUGAGGAUUAUCUCUCAAUAGGUUGAAGCAUGAUUAUUACUAUUUCUCAUCAAAGAAUAAACUGGGCUUAAAUUCCUGAUCAGAAGCAAGAUAAGUUAGAUCACACCUUAAGCUGCAAGUGUAAAUAUUCUUUUUAUUACAUAAUGCAUUCUUAUUCUCUAUAAAGUAUAUUUUGCUGUUAUAAAACACAUUUUAUGUUAAUUGGAUAAAAUUUAUCACAAAUAAUUAGGGAUUGCUAAAUCUCUUUGGCAAACAACAUAUCUCAGGGAUCUCAAAGUAGGGUUCUGUUUGCCUAAUAGAUUUUGUUUCCCCUAAAGUUCUUUUCCUAUUUCACAAUUGCUACUCCUUGAAAAAGCUGGCAGAUCAGAAGCCCUGUAGAAUAAAAUUCUGUGAAAAACAAAACGAUCUGUGACUGAGGCUAGAUUUAAAUUGCUUCCCUCCUCCAAAAUUAUCUCUAGAAUGUUUGACUUCAGUACUGAUUUAGAAGCCAAACAACAUUUUUUUCAGUGGUAUGUCCCAAAUGUAUUAGGACCAUGUAGUUGAUCAAAGUGAAGAGACCAUUGAUUGGUUCUUCAGUGUCAGCAGGUCUGCUAAGCCUACAGAAUUCAGCACUCUAACAAUAGCUGCAUUGAUAGAAGGAGUAUCCAGUACUCGGAAGGUAAGAUUCCUUUAGAAUCAUGGCCUUUUAAAGUAGGAAAACGUGAGUCGGUUUAGAUGCACAUCAUUCUUUAUUAGCUCAGUAGAUUUCUCAGCUUUAUCCAACUGGACUUUAUCCAUCCCAGCUAUCAGUCUGCUCUUGACUCUGAGCAGUUUGGCACUUAGCAAAUAAGGUCCUAAUGCUUCCUUGGUUUGAGGAAUGAAUUUCAUGGAUCCUGAUCAUAAUAAGCACUCAUUAUAAAGAGGAAAAAAUGCAAACCAAAGCAGUCUGGUUUACUGCUGUAAUCAUGUUGUCAAAGCAUGUAACUUCUUGCAGCAUAUCCACAUUAAUGUGUAUGAGGACUAAACCUCUUCUGUUCAGAUUGCUUGUCUUGCUACACCACUUUUCAAAGUUUGUGCCUACUAAAAUGUUAAGUAUCCAAAUUUUAAUUUACUAUUCAUUUUUUUAAAGUAAAGUAAUAAUUUGAGAUGUAGGGUUUUUUUUUUUUAAAGAUUUAAGUUUUUGUUUUAAUCAGGUUACUAAAGUUUGAAUUUCUGAAGUUUAUGGCACUAACAGAACCAAGUGUACCUCAAGUAAAAGUACUACAGUGUGAUUGAAUCAAUAUAAUUCUGUUUGGUAAGGAUGAACAUAGAAAUCGAUGAGGUUGUAUCUGUAGAGCAGCAGUGGGCUAUAUAGGUCUCUGGAUUUGUUGAGUUCAAACCCCAUCAGUGCUAGGCAUUGCACUCCAGCUAUUUCUGGAGAACCACAUAUUAUCUCUGUCUUUGAAGUUGAUUUCUGACUCUACCCAGGUGUUGUAAUAAUUUCAGAUGGAUACUUGACAAAUCGAUCAAGAUUUCCUUAAAGCUUUCUGAAGAGAAUAUAGAAGGACAAACUCAAAUUUUUCAAAUGAAAAAUUUGAAUCUUCUGGUUUCCAAUUCUAUCUAGUAAAAUCCAUGUUUAGUUCAUGAAAAAUAAGUUGACCAUUCUAUUGCAAAAUUAGUGUUAAGGCCAAGUCUAAAACAUUGUUCAGGUAAUUUGCCAAGUCAUAAUUUCAGGCUGAAUUUUUCACUAUAAUGUGCAAUAUGAAUUUUUCUAGCCUAAUGUGACAUUGCUACAAAAUGUAUUUAAUAGUGUGGGAGGUAAGGUUGAUUUUUAAAAAAGAAUGUUCUAGAAAUUGAAAAUAUUUAAAAAUGAAUAAAUUUUACAUAUAAUUUGUAUUAAAGGAUUAUUUCUUAA